UUCCUGCAGAGAAAGUGCUGCUGAAUGUUGAGAAAACACUCGUUACUUGUUCUAUUACUAACAGUAGUACUUUGCACGUCGUUUUUAAUAUAUGAUUUUCAACGGUCUGAGGUUUAUUUAGUUUUUUUUUUCUUCCCCAUAAUAGCGACCAUGUGAAGAUAGUUAUGAUUUUAACUGAAAGUUUUAGGGGAGUUUUAAGUGUACCACAGGUUGUUUACUAAUUAGUGAAAGAUUGGUUUAGCGCUAUGAGCAGGUUAAGAUCUGCAGUGCAGAAGAGGAAGACGGCCGCUCUAGAAAGCACAGAGGUGAUCAAAUCCAGCAAUAAGAAGAACUCAAAGCCCGCCAUUAAAGAGGAGGAACCGUCUGAAACUGGACCUUCCUCAUCAUACCACUUUUUCCAUGAUCCAACUGAAAUCCCUCUUUUCCGCUCUCACCUACUGCAAUGGUAUGAUCAGAAUAAGAGAGAGCUGCCCUGGAGGACACUGGCUAUGACAGAACCAGAUGUUAAUAUCAGGACAUAUGGAGUGUGGGUCUCAGAGAUCAUGUUACAGCAGACCCAAGUUGCCACAGUGAUAGACUACUAUAACAGAUGGAUGAAGAGAUGGCCAACUGUGGAAAAACUUGCUGCAGCCACACUGGAGGAAGUGAACCAAAUGUGGGCGGGUCUUGGAUACUACUCUCGAGGACGCAGGCUGCACGAAAGUGCUCAGAAAGUGGUAUCAGAACUGGAUGGACAGAUGCCAAAGACCACAGCAGGACUGCUAAAACAGCUGCCUGGAGUUGGACGUUACACAGCAGGCGCAAUCAGUUCUAUAGCACUUGGACAGGUGACCGGUGCAGUUGAUGGAAAUGUCAUUCGAGUUCUCUGUCGCGUUCGAGCCAUAGGUGCAGACAGCACCAGUCCUGCUGUAACAGAUGCUUUGUGGAAAAUUUCUGAUACACUUGUUGACCCAGAGAAACCCGGAGACUUUAAUCAGGCUAUGAUGGAAUUAGGGGCCAGAGUCUGUACCCCAAAAUCCCCUCUAUGUGGCCAGUGUCCUGUUCAAACCCAUUGUCAUGCCUUUAGGAAGGUGAGCAUUAAACAAGAGAUUGACUCCAAAAGGCUUCUAAGUAAACAUGUCUCAAAGCUCAACACCUCAGUUCCUGACAUAGAGAAUUGUUUGGCUGCUGGCAGCUGUGACCUGUGUCUGUCAGAGGACUGGGACCCUCAGCUGGGGGUGCAGAAUUACCCAAGAAAGCCUGUUAAAAAAGCUCCACGUGUGGAGCAAACCCUAACCUGUAUAGUGGAACGCCAGCAAGCCGGAGAAGAGAUGGAGUAUUUUCUCACUCAAAGACCGAGCAAAGGACUCUUGGCAGGGAUGUGGGAGCUGCCCAGCAUGCUCUUGGCAGCAGACGUCUGUGAGAAUAAAUAUAAAGGCUUGAUAUGUAACAUGAUGCAAAAAUUGCUGGAAAAAUCUCUAGAUGCUAACUCAGUGCAGUUUGUGGGAGAGGUGGUGCACAUUUUCUCCCACAUCCAUCAAACAUAUAUAGUCUUUUCUGUGCGUGUAUCUGACUGGUCAGAAGGAGAGCAAGAGCAGAGGACCUGCUGGCUCACUAAAUCUGCUCUGAAGGAGGCGGCUGUAUCCACUGGGGUUAAAAAGAUUAUGAAGCUCUAUGAAUCUUCAAGCAAGGUGGACAGUAAGGAAAAGAAGAGAAAACCCAGCCCUGAGAAACGGUCAAACAAAAUAAAAAAGCCUAAGGGUGCUGUUACUAAUGAAGGACCCAAACAACUCUGCAUCAGUAAAUUCUUUUCUACCUCUAAGGCAAUGACCAAAAGCCAAAACUGUUGACAAAAGACUGUCUGUAUAUUAAGGUUUCUUAUUUUUGAUAGGGUCAAUGUGUAGUCAUCAUGUAAUUUUGCUAUGUUAAGAGUGACACAUAUAAUAACACAUUACCUGCAGCUUUUUUUUAGAGGUAUAGUUGUGUUUUUAAAUAAAUAAAUGUGUAACCAGCCUGGUUUAAAAAAAAA